UCACUAUGAAACUUCCCCAGUUGAUUACUUACAUCAACGUAAGAAAAAAAAAAUAUUACACGUUUUUUUGUAAUUUAAUGUUUAACUUUAAUGCAUAACAUGGGUCACAAGUGACCCGGACGAGUUUAUUUUUUCUGUAACUCAGCUAUAACUUAUUUUCAUGACCCAGCACUCCAUGAAUUCCUCAAUUACCUUGUUUUUGUUCAUUACAAGACUACAUUUUAUUUUUGUUCUCUUAAACGUUUUAAAUAAAAACACUUUUUAUGUCACUACCCCUCUAAUGCAUAACAUGGGUCACAAGUGACCCGUAUUUAUUUUCUAUGGAGUUUUGUUGAAGGGUUAGGGUUUCUUAGCUUAUUUUUAAGAAAAUAAUGUAAUUUGUCAUUUAAUAUUCCAGGUUUCCAUCACUUACUUAGUUUUUUCCAAACAUCAACCAUUAUUUUCAUUAAUUGAUGGAUACUAAUUGAAUUCUAACUCUUUUUAUGUGCCUAAAUUACAUUUGAACACAUGGGUCACAAAUGACCCGCACAGAUUGGGUGAGGAAACUCGUUUUGAGAAAACAGCCUUGAAACACAGCCAAUGGCAUACCGUUCCAAGCCUAGACUCCCCUUUGAACUUUCACAAUUGGUUGCUAAUACAAAGGAAAUGUCUAUAUUUGGAUUGCAUAGCAUCAUGUAGGAGAAACAGGGCUUUCCAACACACACGAUAUGAUUUGGAUCACGGUCGCGGUAGUACAUGACACUUUAGAAUGGGAACUUUUGGUGAAAUUAGGAGAAAUAUAUAGGCGCGAGUAGACAAAAUGUCAUGAAAUAAACACCUAAAUGUGCAAAUCGGACUUUGUUGUUGUUGUAGGGUGAUAGAAUAUAUGCACACACACACACACACACACAUAAUCUAAACAAUUUUGUUAACUGUGUGUGUUCCAGAUGUGUUCAUGUCUGUUGCUCAUCUCUCUACUCUGGUAUUACAGUGCAGAAGGAGAUCACUGCUGAAGAGAGGAAGAGAAUGGAGGAAUCUGUUCAGUCUCUGGCUCCACCUGGAUGGUGGAAGGCAACUGAUGAGUUGAUGGAGAAAGAAAAACAGCUAAAACAGAAGGACAUGGACAUGAAGGAGAAGAACAGAGAUAUGGAGAAGAUGAAACUGCAUCUAGAGGAGAAGAGCAGAGAGAUAAUUGAGAAAAACAAAAGACUAGAAGAGGGCAAGAACACACUUCAGGAGAAAGACAAACAACUGAAAGAUAAAGACGUGGAAAUGGAGGAGAUGAAAAUACUUCUACAUGAGAGAGACAAACAGAUAGAAGAGAGAGAAAAGCAAAUCAAGGAGAGAGACAAACAGAUAGAAGAGAGAGAAAAGAAAAUCAAGGAGAGAGACAAGAGGAUAGAGGAGAGUGAGAAAAAAUCCCAAGAGAAAGACAAACAACUAGAGAUGAAAGAUUUGCAGAUUAAAGACAGAGAAAAGAAUCUCAAGGAGAAGAUCCAACUUCUGGAGGAGAACAAAACUACACUGAUGAAGAUGGAGAAGAUGCUGGAGGACCAGAAAAGAGAGAUGGAGAAGAUGCUGGAGAAUGAGAAAAGAGAGAUGGAGAAGAUGUUAAAACAACUAGAGGAGAAAGAGAAAGAGGUGGAGAAGAUGACACAGCAGCUAGAAGAGAAGAGCAAAGGCAUGGAGAAGAUGAACCAACAACUUGAUGAGAAGAAUAAACUCCUCCAUCACAGAGACACAGAACUGGGGAACAUGACUAGACAAGAGAGGGAGAGAGAGAGUCUACUGGAGAACAGGACCAGUGAGUUGGAUACCAGCAGAACACAACUGGCGUCACUGGAAAAGGACCUGCAGGACAGGAACAGCCAACUACAGGACCUGAGAACCCAACUGCAGGAACAUGAGAAGGAGCUGGAGGAGAGAACCAAACAGCUGGAGGAGAGAGACAAACAGCUGGAGGAGAGAGACAAACAGCUAGAGGAGAGAGAACAACAGCUGGAGGAGAGAGACAAACAGCUGGAGGAGAGAGAACGAAAGCAUCUGACUGAGAAGGAAACCAGUAGAACACAACUGGAGUCACUAGAUGAGGAACUACAGGACCUGAGGAACCAACUGCAGGAAACCCAGAAGGAGCUGGAGGGGAGAAACAGGACAUUAGAGGAACAUGAGAGACAUUUAAAAGAUAAAGAUGUGGAACUGAUAAAGAACACACAACAACUGGCAGAGAAUCAUAAACUCCUACAAGAGAGAGACUCACAGCUAGAAACCAGAGAUAGAGAACUACAGGACAAGAACACACUACUGCAAGAGAUGAACAUGAAGAUAGAAAACAUCACACAACAGCUAGAAGACAAACACACACUCCUACAGGAGAGAGAAUCAGAGCUGGAGAACAUGACUAGCCAAAAGAGGGAGAGAGAAAGUCUACUGGAGAACAUGAGAACCCAACUGCAGGAACAACAGAGGGAGAUGGAGGAGAGAGACAAAGAGCUGGAGGAGAGAGACAAACAGCUGGAGGAGACAAACAGAGAGCAUCUGACUGGGCUCCCAGAUCCAGAUCCUCCUCCCAUCAGGAGAAGAAGGAGUAUAGAUGAUCCUCCAUACAUGGGAGGAGAGAGUCCUGGUCCAGCCCCCCCAGUGUCUCCUGCUGUGUCUGAGCUGAGGCUGGUGCUGCUGGGGGGGAGUGCAGCUGGGAAGAGGGCAGCAGGAAACACCAUCCUGGGCACACACACACUCACACACACAUCCACAGAGACCCAGCACAGUGAGAGCAGACAGGGGGAGGUGGCUGGGAGACGGGUGACCGUGGUGGACACUCCAGACUGGUUCUGCAGUGGACUCUCUGAGAAGGACUUGAGACAGGACGUGGGGCUUUGUGUCCGUCUGUCUGCUCCAGGACCUCACGCCUUCCUCCUGGUGAUUCCAGUGGAGUCGUCUAAAGGGGAGGAGAGGAGGAUGCUGGAGAAAAUGGAGGAUAUAUUUGGGGAGAGCUGUUGGAGACACACACUGAUCCUCUUCACCCAUGCUGAGGGGCUGAGAGAGAGGAAUGUGGAGGAGUUGAUCCAGACAGGGAGCCAGGAGCUCCAGCAGCUGGUAGAGAAAUGUGGGAACAGGUGUCACCUUCUCAACGUUAAGGACACACCUGAUGACACACAGAUCACACAGCUGCUAGAGAAGAUAGAAGAGAUGGUGUCAGGAAACAGAGAGAGAUUCUACAGCAGUGAGACCUACCAGGAGGCAGAGAGACAACUCAGAGAGAUAGAGAGAAGGAUGCAGAAUGAACGGGAGGUGGAGGAGAGGAAACUGAGGGAGGAGAAAGAGAGAAAAGAGGAACAAGAUAAAAAUGUGCAGCAGUCUCUACAGAAGAUGGAGGGAGAGAUUCAGCAGCAUGAAACAGAGAUUAUAGUAUUGAAUGAGAAAACAACAGAACUGGAGAGAAAGAUGAUGGAAGAGAGGGAUGAGGAGAAGAAGAGAGAGAUGGAGAGAGAAUUAAAUAGAGAGAUUACACUGAGAGAAGAGAUGGAGAGAAAGCUGAACAGAGUUAAAGAAAAGAGAGAAAGAGAGAAGAGAGAGAUGGAGGAGAGACACAGAGAGGAGAUGGAGGUGAUGAGAGAGAGCUAUGAGAGAGAGGCCAGGACUGAAGCAGAGAGAAACCUCAUGAAGAUCAUCCUGCCUGAACUACAGAAAAACAUCAGCAUCAGCAAGGAAAAGAUGGAGGCAGAGUUCAACAGAAAGAUGGAGGAGAAGAAAAGGCAGAUGGAGAGGAAGGACGUAGAGGUUGGAGCCAUGAUGCAGACUAUAGAGAAGCUCAGAGACCUCGUAGAACAGGCUCAUAUGAAACCAGUGUCAUAAUCAUGUCUUGGGGAAAUCAAUGGGGAUUUAGAUCAUUACAGGAAUAACAUAAUAUCUGACUUCAGUCAAGUGAGCGAGUGACUCCACAGCCCUGUUAGUGAACCCUGUGUGCAUUAUAGUGUCGUGGCUGUGUGGGCAAGAUUAGCACAAGCACAAACUGGGAUGAUGGAAGAUUGGAGCUUUUAUUUCCUACAAUUCACUGUUUAAAGUGACUCAAAAAGGGAGUCUAAAAAAAGCUCUCUCUCAAAAGUGAGUCAAAAAGCUCUGUCUCAGCAGUGUGUGUCAUUCAUGUAGAAGAACAGAGAGAUUGAGAGGAUGAGACGAGUGCUCAGCGCUAGAGACUCUGAGUCUGAGAGAGAGAGGGGGGCCAUCCAGAGACUCAGCACAUCUCUCCUCCAUGCGAUGAGCUUAGAGGAUCAGCACUGAGAUGGAGUUUCACAUACAUAACACCAGGGGGCUCUCUAUACAUAAACGUAAUGAUCUCCUCAGCGUGAUGAGCCCUGAGGAACAGCAUUCUGGUGCUGGUUUGGAGCCAGUGCCAAGUCUCGAACCAGUUCUUUGCUUUUCCACACAAUGUGAGGAACAGCACUGAGAUGGAACAUAAUGAUCCAGAUUUCAGAGACUCAGCAUGUUUCUCCUCAAGAUAACCACCAGGGGGCUCUCACUCUAUGUAUACUUAAUGAUCCAGAACCCAGAGACUCAGCACAUCUCUCCUCAACAUCACCACCAGAUGAUCAGCACACACACGGAGCUUCUGCAAGUUGAACAUCAGGAACGAUGCUAAGAGUGAGAGAACUCAGUGGACACUAGAGCAUCCCAGCAUCUCUGUGCUUGGUCCUUGUGAGACAAAUUGUCCAUUCAACUUCACCCAUGUUGGGUGGUCAUAUACCAAUUCAACUAUUUUCAUCUGUUUAGUACGAAUAGACAUUUGCAAAAAACUGUUGUAGAUAAUCUCCCAUUUUCCUGGGAAUACGCUCUACACAGAAUCUUUCUUUAACCAUCUGCAGCUGAAAUGUUGAGUCCUAAGACGGACUACCUCACCAGUGAAGGAACUGGGAGUGGUAGGGACUGGGGACAAACAGUGCAGCUGGAUUGUCAAUUGAGUUGACUCAUCUGUGGGCUGAACAUGUAGCAUGUGUGCAGCAUCAACUCUCGAACUUUAUUUUUCUUUUAAGAACUUUUAAGAACAGCUUAAACAACUACAAGAGCUGAAUGGUUGGAGAAAAUAUUUGUGAGUAGAGAAAAGGGAGGCAUGAGCAGAGAAUGGACACAUGUUCUCAGAGAACUGCAGAUGAUGAUUACAUAUACUGUACAUUAGGCUGCAAUCUGCCUGUGUAUCUGCAAUUGUUUUUGUUGAUUGUGAAUUUGUAGAUUUCUUGUAAAAAAUAAAUAGUUGAAAUUGUGA